CGCUACUAUUAUUAUUUUUGCGUUCUUCGACUUAUGCCUCGUACCAACAUUACAUUACUUUAUACUUUUCGUUGUAACAAUUAUUUCUCGCGUCUAGGCUUAUCUCGUGUGCCACUAUCACUAUUCUGCAUGCCUUUAAUAUCGCUUCAGCGCUUGAAUUGAGCUUUAUACUGUUACUUGCUUGCUUUCUAUUUAGCUACUUUGUACUAUUUUGUACACCAUUACUACUAUUACUUUUGUGCUCUUUGUUUUGCGCUUUAUACUCUUAUACUCAUCUUAUAUUACAUUACAUUUCUUGAAUUGCGUCUCAUACUUGUACAGUACUUUUAGUGUCAUUAGUAUCUUGAAGGCUCAGGUUUUUAUACAGCAGUUUUGCUGAUACCUCGCCUUUUGAUGUGCCUGUAAUUUUUUCCAAAUUUGUCAUGCCUCUGCUAUUGUACUUAUUUGCACUUCAAAGAUAAUAAUAAUAAUAAUAAUAAUAAUUACUAAAGCAGGAAUUGAUCGCUUUUGUCAAGGCAAAUCCCGCUUUAUAGACAAAAAAUUGGAAAGAAUAUGCUGGCAAAGAUUUUUGUAAAGAUCUAGUUUGGGAGAAUAUUGGUUUUAACUUGUCGAAACAAAUGUCAGGGAAAAAUGCCGCCAAAAUGUGGUACAGUAUUCGCCAGCGAUUUGGUAAGGAAAGACGAAAAGUUGUAGCAUUUCUGAAAGGAAGAUCUGGGCAAGAAACAAAGCCUUUAUACGUACCAAAAUGGCAAGUUUACAAUCUUUGUUUAUUCUUAGUGGAUCACAUCACGCCUCAAAGGUAUAUAAUUGUUAUAUACAAAUUAAAUUAGCCUAAUAAUUGAUAUUGUGAUAAUUGGUAAUGGUAUGUAUUACGGUGUUUUAGGACUACCAGUAAUUACAGCUCAAAUGAAAAAGACCAUUAAAGAAACUUCCUCUUCUCCAAUAUUUAUUUUACUUUCGUUAUUACCAUCACCUUCAUUAUCAGCAAGAUCAACACCGUCUCCACAAGCAGUAUCUCAUCAAAUAUUGUCUGCACAAGUACUAUCUCCACGAGCACUUUUUCCACAAGUAAUCUCUCCACGAUUACUAUCUUCACAAAUAGUGUUUCCACAAGUACUGUCUCCACGAGCACCGUCUUCGCAAGUACUGUCUCCACAAGCAAGGACUGUCUCCACGAGCAACGUCUCCUCAAAUACUGUCUGUUCAAACACCAUAUUCACGAACACCAUCUCCACAAGUACCAUCUUCACAAGCAUCAUCUCCACAAGCAUCAGUGCUUUUAUCUCCAUCUAGUACGAGGUGUGUUCAGAAAGUAACGGGAAUUUUUAAAUUUCGCGGGUUUG